CACCCCACUGCCCCUUGGCAUCUGCGCUAUCUAGGUCAGCCGGAGGUGGGCGACAAAAGCCGUCAUGCCUUGGUGCGAAACUGUGUGGAUGUGGCUGCCUCACACAGCUUACCGGAGUUUCUCAAUGAGAUGGGUUUCCGCAUGGACCAUGAGUUUGUGGCCAAGGGUCAAGUGUUCCGGAAGGGUGCAAUGAAGGUGGUAGUGAGCAAACUGUUACGUGUCCUGGCGACAGGAAACACGGAGAACACGGAGCCGCUGUCUCUGUCGUAUCUUGUUGAGCUGAGCGUACUGGCUCCUGCAGGACAGGACACUGUGUCUGAGGAUAUGAGAAGCUUCGCAGAACAGCUGAAACCUCUGGUGCACCUGGAGAAAAUUGACCCUAAAAGACUUAUGUAGUGUGACUUCAUUUAAGACUUUUGCUUGUGUUAUCAUGAUGACGGGUAUUUUAUG